CUGCCACAGGACCUGCAGGCGGCCCGCGCCCUCAUCGUCAUCUGCAUCAUCGUGGCCGCGCUGGGCGUGCUGCUGUCCGUGGUGGGGGGCAAAUGCACCAACUGCGUGGAGGACGAGACUGCCAAGGCCAAGACCAUGAUCGUGGCGGGUGUGGUGUUCCUGCUGGCUGGCCUGCUGGUGUUGGUGCCCGUGUCCUGGACGGCCAACACCAUCAUCCGCGACUUCUACAACCCGCUGGUGGCUUCUGGGCAGAAGCGCGAGAUGGGUGCCUCCCUCUACGUCGGCUGGGCCGCCUCAGGCCUGCUGCUGCUUGGCGGGGGCCUGCUGUGCUGCAACUGCCCACCCCGCACCGACAAGCCCUACUCGGCCAAGUAUUCUGCUGCCCGCUCUGCUGCAGCCAGCAACUAUGUGUAAGGCGCUGCCGCUCCACUCUGUCCCUUUUGUCUUUGUCUUUCCCUGGACUGAGCUCGGCGCUGCCUGUGACCCCAGGACAGCUCCACCGUGGGCUGCUGGGGGCUGGGCAAGCCCUCAGCCCCUUCUGCCCA